AUGGGAUUAUACAUGCUCUUUGGCAUGAUAGUUGUCGAUGCUAAAAAUGUGGUCGAUAUUUCGAUAAGUGACGAGGCUAUAGCCGAGCUUUCUAAAAGGAGCCCUAAGAACACAUUUGAUGCUUUUCAUUUGAUUGUUGAUGAUGCUGCGCUUGGCACAGACAGCAACCAUGUUAAGAGAUCUCCCAAAAAUAUUGCUCAUUUGAAUCUUGUCGUUGAUGAAUCCAAACUCCUUGGAGAAACUGGGAAGUUACAGAGAAGAUCUUCCAAGAACGUCGCCCAUUUGGACUUGGUUAUUGAUGAAGACGAGCUACUCUCGAGACUCAUCAAAAGAGACUCAAAGAACCUGGCCGAUCUUGAUUUUGUGAUUGAUGAAAAGGAUCUUGUUGUCACAAAGAUCAAGAAAGAUAACGAUGAAGAGUUUACCCAAUUGGCUUUCAAGUUGACUGAUGGCGAUUCUAGCUACUCUUUUAUUGCCGAUCUUCCACAGAAGGUCGUCGCGAAGUUAUCAAAUGGAUACCACCAACUCAAGUUAAAGUUCUCCAAUGAUUCACAUGCGAUUCCCGAAGUGGGUGAUAUUUAUGACGCUGCUAAGAAAUUAAAGUACACCUUGAUGCCAUCCGUGAAAUCCGGCUCCUUGGCUACUGCUUUGAACGAGCACCCUGACAUUAGCAUAUUUGCAUCAUAUGUUCGCGAUUUGAAUGAUCUCUACAAUAUGUGCGAUUCUACUGACGACUUCAACAUCAACGCUGCCGCCUCUUCCAAGGCCGAAAAUAUGCUUUUAUUGUUUUCUCCUACCAAUGAAGCCAUAUUGAGCCUACAAAUGAAACCUUGGCAGUUUCCCAAGUCCGCUCAUGCUUCUGAUAGUGAUGAUGUGGCCCAGGAGAACAUCAGACACUUUGUCGAGUCUCACAUCGCGAAGGUGUCUUCAAAAUCUUUCAACGCUGACAGAGUGGUGACGCUCAGCUCUUUGAAUGGUAACACAAUUUUUUUGAAGAAUACAGACACAGGAUUCAUGUACAAGCUCAGUGAAACUGACCAAUGGCUUACAAUCAAGCGCAUCGAAGUGUUGGACAAUGGUGCAUUGCUCAGCAUUGACAGAACCAUGUCAUGGCCUGGUAAACAGUGA